UGCACCUCUUCUGUUCGGUGUGCACAUCGCCCCUCACCUCUUCUGCCUUGUCGCACAGAACAGGGAGAGAGGCUCCGACGGCGACAGGAAAUCCGACGCCGGUGUGAGCUGCACCUCCCCUCCGCUGCCAGGUGAGGAAGGAAGGGAAGAAGGUCAGCGACUGUAACUUUUAUUCCUGAUUCCUGCAUUGUCAAGAUGGAUAAGAGGAUGAAGCUUUUAAUUUAUACAGCAGCUGCAAAUAUGUUGUUGUCUAUGAUGGCCAUAAUAAUUGAGUCUAGAAAAAGAAAGAGGGUGGUACGGAGAGAAGGUAUUAAAUAUGGCCCGAUGGAUGAAAGGGAUAGGAUAAGAAUUGAGUACCUAGACACAAGAAUUUGGGGAAAUAAUAUAUUAUGUGUUGACAUGCUGAGACUUAGAAGAGAUUCUUUCUUUAGGUUUUGUAAGCUUUUUAGAGAUCGUGCCUUGCUUGAAGAUACCAUCCACAUGUCUAUUGAGGAACAAGUAGCUAUGUUUCUACAUAGAGUAGGACACAACGUUAGAAAUAGGGUAGUUGGUGCUAAUUUUGCAAGAUCUAGAGAAACAGUUAGUCGGUAUUUCAAUAAAGUACUUCAUGCUGUUGGUGAGCUACGAGGUGAAUUAAUCAAGGCCCCAUCAUUGGACACCCCACCUAAAAUAGCAGGCAACCACAGAUGGGAUCCUUAUUUUAAGGAUUGUAUUGGAGCUAUUGAUGGCACACAUGUUAGAGCAUCUGUAUUGAAGAAUAUGGAGUUGUCUUUUAGAAAAAAAGAUGCAACACAAAAUGUAAUGGCAUCCGUAGAUUUUGAUCUUCGGUUCACAUAUGUCUUGGCUGGUUGGGAGGGGACAGCACACGAUGCUGUAGUUUUAAAUGAUGCAUUGGAACGAGAAAAUGGCCUUCGUGUUCCACAAGGAAAAUUCUACCUAGUUGAUGCUGGAUAUGGAGCUAAACCAGGAUUUUUGCCGCCUUUUCGUGGUGUCCGGUACCAUUUAAAUGAGUGGGGCAAUAAUCCAGUACAAAAUGAGAAGGAGUUGUUUAACCUUAGGCAUUCUUCCCUCCGUGUUACAAUUGAGCGUGCAUUUGGGUCAUUGAAGAGAAGAUUCAAAAUUCUUGAUGAUGCCACUCCAUUUUUCCCUUACCAAAGUUAAGUAGAUAUUGUUGUAGCUUGCUGCAUUAUUCAUAAUUAGGUCAUAAAUGAUGGAAUAGAUGAGUUUGUACUCGGUCCAAAUGAAGUGAUAAAUGAAAAUGACGACACAUCAAGUGGUGUGCCAAGGGAUCAUGCAGAGAUGGUUCACUUCAGGCAGGGGCUUGCUGAUCAGAUGUGGGCGGACCGUCAAAACCAUGUUGCACAUUAAUAAAACAACUUUAGUAUGUGUUCAAUUUUACUUCUAUGGACCACCUGUAUCUUUAAUAUUUGUAUCUCAUCUGUAAGACAUUGUAGCAUUAGUAUUUGUAUCUCAUUGUAUGGACAAAAGUUGUAUUUCAUUUGUAUGGUGGACAUAUGGUGUGGUGAACUCAUAUUUGUGGACAUAUGGUGUUGUGAACUCAUAUUUGUGCUGAUUUUAAUUUUUAAUAUACAUAUGGUGUGCUGAA